AUGCUCGUCAAAAAAGUCCAACCAGAAACAUGCCAAGUGCCAGCAACAAACCAUUCACCAAAUUCAAAACUCCCCGUCAUCGUAUACCGCGAUGCCUUAAUCAACAAGACUCCCGAAGGAGCCCAAGAAGCCGUGGAAACCAGUGCGUGGAUUAAUGGCGGUCACUGGAAAAUCCAAAAAGAUUCUUUGGCUGGGACGUCGCAUUACCACAGUAUUACCCAUGAGGCAUACACUGUGUUGCAUGGAAAUGCAACUUAUUUACUCGGAAGGUCACCUCUGGACAAUGAGAUUGAUGAAAAUGGUAACCCGGUGGGUGUAGUAUUUAAGGCUUCUGAAGGAGAUGUAUUUGUUCUCCCGGCCGGCGUGUCGCAUUUUGUAACUGAUACGGAGGAUGGAUAUGAGAUUCUUGGAUUCUACUCGCUGAGUGAGCACAAUUCCCACGAGCAGCCGUAUGAUAUGCACUAUGGACGACGAUCCGUUGAGGAUACCGAAGCUAUGCGGAAAGACAUCGAGAAAGUCUCUGUUCCAAUGGUUGAUCCUAUAUAUGGAGAGCGUGGUCCCAUGCAGGAAAUAUGGCGUGGAUAG